UUAAAUCCUAUAGAAGGUAUAUCCAGGCUAUACAGUACUUACAGUAGACUGAACCCAAACUUUUGGUCGUGCAUGUGUGCACUACGUCCACUCCGUUUCGGGGCGGAGUUUAAACACUAGACAGCACCGUAGUGGGCGUGUCUUACAGAUUUUACGAGCAAUAAACAGAGACAGAAAGACGCUUGAUGUGAUGCAGUGCUGUAAAAACUACUGCAGUGUGUUGUGCUGUGUUAUGUUAAUGCCGGUAAGAACCUGUAAUCUAGUGAACAUGAUAGCAGGAGGAGGACCGUGUCAAGUGGACUUGAAGAAAGAAAGUGGGAAACGUUAAGAGACUUCAGUUAAACCUGUGUAUCACCAUGAUAUGUGUAGUGCAUUGAGUGUCGAUAUGAACUAUGUGCUGAAGAUCAGAUAGAGCAACAUUCUGGACGUUUGCUUUCAGCUAUUUCUUUUGAAGGUCCAUCCAUCCAUCUGUCCGAAGAGUUUUCUAUCCUGGACUCUAGUUUACCUGGAAUUAGAUAAUGAUGGAGACGCUCACGGACAUUUUACUAGUCACAGCAAAUGUUGGCUCGUUGUUUGACAAUCUGGGUGAAAUCCAGUACGACUGGCUGAGGGAGUUCUACACAACCAUGGACACUUACAAGCCCCGCUUUGUCGCUCUGCACUUUCAAGAGGUUGGAGGAAAGGACUACAAAGCCAACAUGGCCCAUGCUGAAAACUUCUUCUGGACCAUCGAAUCCAGCCCGGAGAUGUCAGACUUUGACCGAGCAUGCGUCUACAUAGACAGCGACUUCAAGACAGAAGACAAUUUCACGGCCCUCGGGAGUAUCUACUUCAUCCACAAAUCUCUGGAAAACAUCCAGCAAUACGAUUUCAGUGCAAAGGAGUUCAGAUCGGUGUCAGGACGCAACAAGUACGCCGGCUCACUGUACGGAGUCACAACAGUGUGGAAGGAGAAAUUCCAGAGGAACUUUUGGCCAGAUAGAAAGUGGUCAAGAAAAGGAUACAUGAGGACACGGUGGAUGAUUCACAACCAGGGUUUGGACUUGGUGAACGUGCACCUUUUUCAUGACGCUUCGAACCUCGUAGCCUGCAAAUCCAGUCCCUCCGUUUACUCCACAUACCGACAGAAAGCUCUCCGCUACGUCAUCAGCAGGAUAUCUGACGACUUCAGCACAAUGCCGUUCUUCCUGUUUGGAGAUUUUAACUUCCGCCUCGAUACACUAAGUCUGGUACAGGACCUCUCCACAUCUGCAGAAGUACAGAUGGUGAUGAAGGACAGCACUAACGAAGUGGAGAAAAUCAUCUACGAGGAGAAAGGCAAUGACUGCAAGGUUCUAUUUCAAAUAGAGACUAAGCGGUUUUUGUACCUGCACCACAAACUCUUCAGAGAGGACACUGGACGAGAGCUCCUGGAGUAUGACAGGGAGACGGCAGCCUUCCAAGACAUCAUCACAGAAGAGGAGAUUCUGUUUCGUCCCAGUUACCCCUACAGUGAAGAAUACACUAAACCUACGCAGUACAUGAACACGCGGUGUCCAUCCUGGUGCGAUCGCAUCCUCAUGUCCCACAGCACACAGGAUGUCAUCUACAGGAGCAACGACGGAGACAGUAACGUUGUGUACAACAUCCUGGGCCAGAAUGUCUGCAUGGGAGACCACAAGCCUGUCUUCUUGUUCUUUGCACUGAAAUCCAACGUCCAGACACAUUGAACAUGGACCCAUUAAAGAGUUUGCUGGUGUGUGUCUGAGAAGAAGAAGAAGAAGAAGAAGAAGAAGAAGAAGAAGAAGAAGAAGAAGUUUAGGGAUGGCUGUUUUGCUACAGUUUCUCACAACCUGCAUAGACCUCAAACUGCACACAAAAGGAGGCAUAUUUCUUAAAGAGAUGUAAAUCCAACAAACCCUAGUGGAAAUUCUACAAUCUUUUCAGUUCUCAAGAGAUCUGUUGAUUUCCUUUCAGUUUUCAAUAUUCUCACCCGUCUUCUGACUGAAACCUACAGUCUGGGAAUGCAUGCUAAUCCACUAAUUGUUUUUAUUUAUUUGUUUGCUCUUUUUUUUUUUAAACUUUAUAUUACUAUCGUGCACGAUACAAGCUAACUCCAGUCAUACAUAAUGCACUGCUGAAUUGCACAAGCUGCUCAGUCAACAUUCAUCCACUCAUAUUCUGAGUUAAAUAUAGGUUUAUUAUGAUAUUUAACCUUUAUGUAGUACGUGUUUAGGUGUUGCUGACGCUUUCGUUGUGGCCCCUCGAGCUUCUCCGUAUCGUAGCGGUGCUGUAAGUCAGAAAUCCUCGGAUCAAUAGAAUAUGGACUGAUUUCAAAACAAUCAGCACUGUGUGAAAUAUGGACAUCCAUCCAGAAGCAGCGAAGCCCGAAAAGCUCAGACUUUUAAUUACGUCUAUGGUUUUAAAUACAACCACUAACAUAAGGUACAUUCCUUACCUUUUGAGGUGUAAUGUUUAUUUUUGGUUGUGGGAUUUUUAAUUGGUGUAGACUGUCAGAAAAACAAAACACGCAACUUUAUUCCUGCGAGGAAACAUUAGCCGUCUCAAGGGCUUUUCACGCUUGUAAUUUAGAAGCUUGGUUAGCACCGCUUUUUACCUGGGGUUAUGAAACACUGUCCCGAACCAGGGAUAACACUGCUUUUACGGUCGAAGCGUACAAUUUGAUGUUAAAUCUUUACGGCUAUGUGCAUAGCAUGGACGUUAAAAACAUGGCUAGGUCGGUAGCAUCAGGUGGCAAAACACUGAGGGUGUAAUUCCUGACACUGAGAAUUUAGCCGAAGUUUAAUAUUAACGGACGACUGGUCGACUACACGACAAAGUUAAAAAGGCCAGAGAAAGAUACGUCUCUGAAAGAUAUUAAUGCCUGGUCGUUUUUUUUUUUUACCUCACUGAGCUGAAAGCGCGAGACAAGCCGUUAUUUGUAAAGGUCACGUGCUGUAUUUAUCCAAUCAUGCUCUUUAACAGAGCGGAUAUGCAAAUGAGAAGAUUUAUUCAGUGUGUAGGAAAUAUAUAACCCUGGGUAAAGUAUGACUAAUGUGAAACGUGAAACAAAAUAACCCAGAAAUCCAUUCCAACUAUACCAAGUGUGAAAAUCUCUUUAGUUAUCCUUUUUUUUUUUUUUUUCCGCCAGCAAGCCAAGUUCAUUACCAAAUCUGGAAUUGAUUUCUUGUCAUGCUGCUAUAAUGCUCCCAGCAUGCUUUUCUUUCUAAACUUAACUUUCUUCUCUGAAUAAUCUGGUUGUAAGGCAUGCUACGUAUCCAGUGGUGUCCUAGAUUCCCUAAACGAAACACAACCAUGCAACAUAUUUUUAGUCGUAUCAGAUUGAUCUGUGAAUAGUUUUGCAUUUACUCUUUAAUAUUUGACUUUGUGACUUUGUGUUUGAUUCAUUUUGUUAUCUUGGGUUUAUCCUGUUAAUAGCACAGUGGGUGUGGUUUUUUUUUUGUUUUGUUUUUUAUGUUUUAUGAAUUUUAAUUAAGGCUCUGUUUUAAAGUAUCUUUAGUGGCCUAAUCACACAAGUCCCAUUACAGAUCAUUAAGCCCCACAGUGUAAAGACGACAAAUGCGGUCGCACGUCUUACAGCGGACGUUUUUAGAUUUCGAUCACUAAUUAUCAAUAUUCAUUAACUGCCAUUAAAAAAAAUUAUACAGAUAUGACAUUAGGCCAUUAUUUCAAUCCAACUAGAAUUCGAUCAAUCCGUGUAAUCUAAAUACCCCCCCCCCCACACACACACACACACUUGAAUUUUUUAUUUUUUUUUCAGUCUUGAAUCAGCUCGAUAAUUUACGUGUGAGGGUUAAAUUGCACGGCCCAUUUGUCAAUAAUGGACUUGUUGGAGUUGAUCCAUGAUGGUGCUUGACAUAAUGCAUUGCUCUCGAGAGCUUUGCUCCAAGCUGAAGUUCAAUAUGAGGCUGUGAUGUUGCUCAAUGAGAAGCACUGAUGUUCUUUUGGCAUUUGUGAUUUUAUAAUGAGACAGAAACACUACACUUUUUUUUUUUUUUUUUUUAAGAGUGUAAUUUAUGUCUUUUGUACGUUGUAAGGGACACUGAUCAUAGCUGGGGGUCUCUUUGGGCUCAUGUAGCCGCUGAUGUUUGCACUUAUCGGGGAUGUGUUUUAUUUUACAGAGUUGAUUUAGGACCACUAAAAAUAUAAUUGCAUUUUAUUGCAUUUUUUAGAAUGUUUGUUGAACAUAUGUCAUUAUUUGAUCGAUCUAUCUAUCUAUCUAUCUAUCUAUCUAUCUAUCUAUCUAUCUAUCUAUCUAUCUAUCUAUCUAUCUAUCUAUCUAUCUAUCCAUCUUCUGAGCACUUUAUUAGAAACACUAUAUGAAUACUGGUUAGAGCCUCCCGUUGCUCUCAAUACAGCUUCACUUUUUGUGUAGUCUUCUAAGAUGCUGUUCUGCUCGACACAAUAGUACAGAAUGAUUAUCUGAGUUAUUGUAAAAUUUUUGCAAGCUUGAACCAGUCCAUUCUCUGUUGAUCUUUCUCAACAAUGGUUUUUCCAUCCUCAGACCAUGAGGCUAGAGAAAUCUCAGCAGAUCAGCAGUUCGCCGUUGAACAGUUCAACAGAAAUAGUCAAAAUAACCAACAAUCAUUACACAGUCAAAAUCACUGAGAUCACAUUUUUAACUCAUUCUGAUUAUUGAAGCUACUGACCCAUUUCUGCAGGAUUUUAAACAUUACACUGCUGAAUCAUGAUUCCCUGAUUAGAUACCUGCAUAAAGAAGUAUACAGGUGUAUCUAAUAAAGUGCUCGGUGAACAUAUGGUGAUACCAUACGUGUCAUAUUAUGCCGUACUGUUUCUGAUAAAUCCCUUCUAAAGCUAUUAAGCGUUCUCAAUGAUGAAACAUACCAAGUGAAAUCAUGUCAAACUAAUUUAUACCUGCACUGUCGAGUUGUAGCUGUUAUAUCUUUAAAAUCUCAUAGUGUUCCUAAACUGCCACUAUUCACAUCAUAAGACAGUAUAACUGUAAACUCUGCACAAGAUGCUUAAAGCUAUACAGACACUUAUGUGGCUUUGCUCCAAAACAAACGAGCACUUAACCUCCUCGAGGUGAAUUGGGGCUAAGUGAUUUUUUUUUUCCUCCCUCUCAUUUUAUGUUGUUUUAUUUGUUCAGACAGACAGAUGAAGGCAGCUUGUCUGGCUCAUUGGCAUGUAAAAGAGGAAAGCCGGUUAAAUCCUGACUUGUCGUAUUCAUUAACACAUUCAAGGAGAUUAAUUGCUCUGUGAUUUCAGCAGGUUUCAGGUUUCUGCUGAUUGCCAAGAGGAACUCUGUCGAUAGAGGGACGGCUCUGAGAAAAGUCUCACCUUAACAAUUAUAUUCAUUCCCUAAAAUGAGCAGUUAAAUUUACUUAAUGCAUUAUCAUAUAUGUUGCUCCAAACUCCAAGGUUCUGUUUAUGACUCGCUCAGCUCUUGUGCCAAAUGUGUCAUAUAAAUGUUUUAUUUUUUUUUUCCUUUUAGAAUUUUCUGUUCAUCCUAUUUAUCUGAAAAAUCAGGAAGCGGUUAUUAGACUGCGUUUGUACCUCUUGAGCACCAGAAUGUCACAUUGCUGUUGGCAUUAAAAACUAGAAUGAAUGUUUUAAUUUCCAAAAGGUAUGUAAACCUAAAAUAUGUUUUAAUUCUCCAUAAAGUCUAUCUAUAAAUCAUGAAA